AUGGCUACCUCUUCGAUGGCCCUGUCGCGCGCAGGGCUCAUCGACCCGACAAAGCCAGCCACCUAUCCGGUCAUUCUGGGCGAAGAUAUUCGCAGCAGCGGCAGCCCGUCCCAGCAGCUGUUCACCGGCAUACGAUACAACUUCAAGGCGAAGCAACUGACCGACAAAUCAACGCAGCACACGUCUACCCUCACCAGCCGAAACAAUGACGACGACGCCCGCUACGAGAUUACCUUUCGGGACAACAGCGGCGGCCGCUAUGUCUACGCCGGACAGCGCGUGUCCAAGAACUCCAAAUACGUCCUUGUGUUUGACCACAAGCGCCGCGUCUUCAUCCUCCACCGCCUCGACUCCCUCUUUGUCAUGAACAUGACCGACACCCCGACCAACCACGACUCCGAAGCCCUGAAGAAAAAAUACCCGCAUAUUGGCGAGAACACUACCCGGCGACUACGGCAGCACCGUGGGAGUGGUGCGGGCUCUUCGCAGGCCGUCCGACGGCCGCUCAUCAAGAAGAGUGGCAGCGGGGGUGGCGGAGCUCUGCGGCCGAUGCAGAAGCCCGUAUCCCGGCCGCCACCACGGCCGGCGUCUGUUCUGCGAAACUCACACGAUGUCGUCAAGAAAAACACUGCGAGCAGUACUAGCAGCAGCGGCAGCAGCAGUAAGAGCAGGUCGUCACUGCUAGAGCCGCCAGACCUCAGCCGUGAAACCAAGGCGUCCAAGGAUGUGCGACUGAAGCGGGAGGACAUGGUGGCGAAGGAAGCACAAGACAACCGUGACGCGCGAGACAAGGCCGCACGAGAUGCGGCUCUACGAAAAACGAAAGCGGCCGCUCUGGCGGCCCGGCCACGAGAAGGAAGCAAGCUGUCGCAGGAAACGAGGGCAUCACCGGACGUCAAGCCACGUGAUGGUAGGGGAGAGCUUAAGGAGUCGGCAGCCAAGCCGAUCGACAUACGCACCAAAGACAGCAACAAGACGUCCAUCGACCGGUCUAAGAAGCCAUUGUCAUCGAAACCCAAGAACACCACCGGUAGGGACAAGGACGGAGAGGCUGGCAAGAGCGUUUCCAGCACGCCGAGCUCGAAAGCGGCGGCAAGGUCACAGGAGCUGCCAAGGCCAACGCCCGAAGCAACGUCCCGCACCAAGUCUGCCCCGAAGAAGAAGAAGCAAGGCAGACCAUCCCACGGCGCCCGCGGCGGCCAUGCAUUUUCUGCCGGUCGCGGUGCCGGUGGUGUUGGCGGCGGUACCUCCCAGGCCGCUGCCAAAGGGGUGCAGCUGCACAUGCCCACGUUUUCCGAGUUUCAGCAGGAGAAUGCCGACGACAACGGAAUGGAGGAGGUUGGUCCAGACGAAGACCUCGACGGUUUUUGGGACCCGCGAGAAGAGGCUGCUGGCGGUGCAGAGGCCAGUGGUGGUGGUGGUGAUGGUGGUAUCGGUAACACGCUGGGAGUUCCAGCAGCAACUCCGAGCCCGGCAGCGACACCGGAGCCAGAGCCGAUGUUGUCGGUACCGCGGCCAUCAUCUUCACAGAGAGAACGACAGGCCCGCGUCAGCAAUACGCCUCUCAGCAACGGUAACAGGCCCAAGGUCGCAGCGGCUGACGAUGAUGUCGACGAGCUGGAGGAAGCUCUGCUAGAGGAGCUCAGGGAGGCCGAAGAAGCCGAGAAAAAGAAGCGGGAGGAGAGCGAGAGGAAAAAGCGGGAAGAGGCCGCGCUGGAGGCACAGCUCGAGGCCGAGCUGAUGGCAGAGUCGGAGAGCGAGAUUAGCGAGGAAGAGUAA